AUGCCGCAAACACAACAGCAAAACAAUGAAAAUAAACCAUUUUCUCCGGACGAAGUCACAGUCACGAACUAUUUCAAAAGUGCGGGGGAAAAAUCUAGGCAAUAUUCAGCUUUUAUGGCCUUCCGCUGUAUUCUCUCGCCCAACUUUCGUUUCAAAUAUGGAGACGCUAGCAUAUUUUUUGGAAAACUAUGGGCCAAAAAAACACCAACGCUGAAGACAGAAAUGACUCGUAUAGGCAAUAUAGUAAAGUCGAAAAUGAAAGAAAACUGUCUGGUGUUUAAACCUUAUGUUCGGAAUGGUCAAAGCAGCACGAAUAAUGAUGUGGCAAAUAUUAAUACUGAUGCGAACAGAAUAACUGCUCGUGACGUUUUUAUUACCGAUCCCGAAUCUUCUAAUGAAGUUAAUACUCACGUCGAUUAUAAUGGUGACAUGUACGCUCCAUUUGAUCCAAUUGACCCAGCUAGUUAUCUGAUUCCAAAUAAUAUGUACAGUCCAGCUGUUGGCACAUACUCUUCUCUUAGUUAUGAUGAUGGUACUAUUAUCGGAAAUGUGGCCGGUGUUCAUGAUCUAGAUGCUAUUUAUGUUG